AUGAAAGGUUUGAUUCUUGUCGGUGGUUACGGUACUCGUUUGAGACCAUUGACCCUCACUGUUCCAAAGCCAUUGGUUGAGUUUGCCAACAAGCCAAUGAUCCUCCAUCAAAUUGAGGCUCUUGCUAAGGCUGGUGUUACCGACAUCGUCCUUGCCGUCAACUACAGACCAGAGGUUAUGGUCAACACCUUGAAGAAGUACGAAAAGGAGUACGGUGUGAACAUCACGUUCUCUGUCGAGACCGAGCCAUUGGGUACUGCUGGUCCAUUGAAAUUGGCUGAAGAAGUUUUGAAGAAGGACGACUCGCCAUUCUUCGUUUUGAACUCUGAUGUCAUCUGCGAAUACCCAUUCGAGGAGCUCGUUAAGUUCCACAAGGCUCACGGUGGUAAGGGUACCAUUGUCGCCACAAAGGUUGAUGAGCCAUCCAAGUACGGUGUCAUCGUCCACGACAUUGCCACCCCAAACUUGAUUGACAGAUUCGUCGAGAAGCCAGUCGAGUUUGUUGGUAACAGAAUUAACGCUGGUUUGUACAUCUUGAACCCAGAGGUUAUUGACUUGAUUGAGAUGAAGCCAACUUCCAUUGAGAAGGAAACCUUCCCAAUCCUCGUUGAGCAGAGAUCCCUUUAUUCCUUUGAUUUGGAAGGAUUCUGGAUGGAUGUUGGUCAGCCAAAGGACUUCCUCGCUGGUACUGCCUUGUACUUGAACUCCUUGAAGAAGAAGGGCGACAAGUCUCUUGCCGAGGAGGGCGAACAAAUCAAGGGCAACGUUCUCAUCGACCCAACUGCCAAGAUUGGUGAAGGUGCUCUUGUUGGUCCAAACGUCACCCUUGGUCCAAACGUUGUCAUUGGUAACGGUGUCAGAAUCCAAGACUCUGUUGUCCUCGCCAACUCCACAAUCAAGGACCACGCUUGGGUUAAGAAGACAAUUGUUGGCUGGAACUCUACAGUUGGUAAGUGGGCUAGAUUGGAAGGUGUCACCGUCUUGGGUGAUGACGUUGAGAUCAAGGAUGAGAUUUACGUGAAUGGUGCCAAGGUCUUGCCUCACAAGAGCGUCUCCAGCAAUGUCGAGAAGGAGUCCAUUAUCAUGUAA